GCUUAGUUGACCUGUUGAUAGUCAGAUUGAAAUAAGCUUAGAAAAAAGAAUAAUAAGAUUAUUGUGAAUGCAGAUAAGUUAAACAAAUGCUUCGUCAAAGUUGAAAAGUGAAUUAUUAUGAUCGUCUUAUGUGACGAUCAAUAUUUUAUCAGAGAUAAUUAUUUUUAACCGCACAAUGCUUCAACAUUUAGUGCUUAUGAAAAUUAUCAAAGAAGUAUUGUUAUUGCGUAUGCGUUUGAUAUAAAUUGGCGCGCAAUGAUUCCUAUCGUUACACAUGUUCAUUGAAUAAUAUAUAUAUUCAAUAACGAAUAUUCUUCAAGGAGUUUCAGUCACAUUAUUGAUAAUAUAUGAAAAUAGAGAAUGGCAAUUCGACUUACACUGGAAUGUGGACAUGUAUCAAUAUUACGUGAGCGUAUAUCUCCUGAAGGUUUUACUCAUGACUGGGAAGUUUUUGUACGAGGAGUUGAUAACACAGACAUACAUCACUAUAUUGAGAAAGUUGUGUUUCAACUACACGAAACAUUUCCAAAACCUAAAAGAGUAAUAAAGGAACCACCUUAUGUGGUCAAAGAAUCAGGGUAUGCAGGGUUCAUGAUCCCAAUUCAUGUUUAUUUAAAAAACAAGGAUGAACCAAAAAGAUUUCAAAUUUUGUACAAACUUAAUUUACAAACUAGAGGAAGGAUUAUUAAUAAAGUUAUACGUCAUAUUGAAAUAAUAAAUAAUCCAUCGGAAGAAUUUAGAAGAAAGCUUUUAAAAGGAGGCGGUUUUACGAUAUCCAGUACAGAGAGUACAUCAGAAAGAGGCGAGGUAAAAACUCCCGUUAUGGUUGGUAAACCAAAGUUAUCUAUCGGUGAGCCAAAGAAGCAUCGCCCAAUAGAAUCCAAGACAUCUAACUCGUUCGCUGAAUUAUUUGGACCACCUAUAAAAACGGCGAAAAUAUCUCCUGAAAGUAAAAAGGUAACUCCAUCUGAUAAAAGUAAUACUGUCAAACCUAUAAGUAUAUCUGAAAAGGCUGAUAAAGUAGAUAAAAUAACUAAAAGUAAAGACAGUCCCCAUAAGGAUACGAAGAAAGAUAAAACAGAAGAAAAGAAGGAUAAAAAAAUCAAGGAUCCAUCAAAGGAAAAAAGUAGAAGUAAGGAGAAAUCAAAAAGACCUUCUAGUCCUGCAAGUAAAGGUUAUUCGAGUCCAACGAAUAAACGGCUUUCUCCCGCUCCAGUAAAAAGGCCCCGUAGCUCUUCACCUCCGUCUUCUGUUAAAAGGUCCUCGCCACCGAAGUCUAAAGAGAAAGAUAUAAAGAAAUCUGUACAAGAAAAGGAAAGAGAGAAAGAUAAAGAUAAAGAGAAAGAAAAAGAAAAAGAGAGAGAUAAAGAUAAGGAUAAGGAUAAGACAAAAGAUAAUUCUAAAAGUUCCUUGGAUGUAAAUAAGACUGACAAAAAGAAGGAAAAAAAGAAAUACAAGGAUGACAACUAUAAAGAGAAAAAAGAAAAAUACAAGGAAGGUGAACGUUCUAGUGUUAAGGAAGCUCAGAAGAUAAGUGAUAAAAAAUUAGAAAAGGCUGAUAAAGAAAAAGAAAAAUCUCAGGAUUAUAAGUCAAUAAAGGAUGGUAGAAAAUCUCCCAAAACCAUUAAAGAAAGCGAUAAGAUUAAAGAUGAUAAAUUAUCCAAAAUCGAUAAAUUGGAAAAAAGUGAAAAGUCCGAGAAAAUUAAGGAAAAUAAAAGUGAUAAAGAUAGGACGAAGCAUAAGCAUAAGAAGAAAGAUAAAAAAGAAAAGAGAGAUAGCAGUAGAGAAAGGGAGAAAAAAGAAAAACGAGAGAAAUCCAAAUCGUCUGCAGAAAAGCAAAAUAAUGUGCCAGCGUCGUCUAAUCCUCUUUCUAUGCUCUUUGCAUAUAUGCCAGAAAGAGAUAGUAGCGAUUCAGCACCUUCAGUAGAUGAAGAGUCUUUCAAUGAAAAUAAAACAAUAAAUCUGAAUGUGAGAAAGGAAUUGGAUGAUACAGCACCCUCGACUGUUUCAACGGAUCAAGUAACAAGACCACCUUCGCCGCCACCUGUAAAUGAAGUAAAGAAAGAUAAAAGUGAUCGUAGUAAAAGAGAUAAACCAAAAAGUAGUAGAGGAGAGGACAGGGAAAACAGGAAGAGAAAACGAAGAAGUGAGAGUAAAGGUGAUGACGAACAUAAUCCUAAAAGGGAAAAGGAUAGGAGUCAUUCGACUUCACCAUUGUUGGAAUUAGUAUCCUCUAGUCAGUCACCGGUUGUGGUGGAUGGCGAUUCUAUUCGAGAUAUUGUAAAAGAAAAAAAUGAUCGUAAUAUGAUAGAACAAACGAAUAAAAAAGAAGGAGAAACUGACGGGGAACAAGUGGCACCCGAUUCUACCAAUUGUACUUUGGUAGAAUCCGACUCUGGGGAACCUCCUGUAUUUUCCGAAGAUUAUGUGUCACAGUUGAAGGAGUUACAACACAAGAUAAUGACGUUACAAGAUAACGAUGAAUUGCAAAGAGUUGUUCGUGUUAUUGAAGAGACAGGUCAAUACGAAAUUACUAAGAAGACAUUUGAUUUUGAUUUGUGUGCUCUCGAUCGCAGAACAGUACAACGUCUCCAACAGUUUUUUUCUGCUUCAUGACUAUCUGUAAUAUAAAACAUGACACUUUUUUUUCUUUUUUUUUUUUUUUUUUUUAAAUUAUAU